UUAAUAGUAUUUUAAAAAAAAAUUUGAUGACAAGUAUGAUGCUAAAGCUAUUAAAUUAACAAAAAUCAAAACUUAGGAUGUUGUCGUGAUUGAUAUUUAUGUGUUUGGUUAUACGAAAAUCAAACACAUGUUUGAUAUAUAUAUUCUCAUGUUUGCUCAUAAAAAUUGAUUAUUAUUACUGUCACCGUACAUAUGUUUAGUCAAAAACAAAUCAAGCUUCAUCGUUAUCUUAUUACAUUUUGUAUUUUUAGUAUGUAGUAGUUUAUAAUUUAUUUUAAUUAAAAUGUUAUUAUGAAAAUAUAUCAUUAAUAAAUAAUGAAUCCAGAAAAUUAUAUAAUAUCAGAUAAGUUUAAUAAAACAUUAAAUUAGUAUAUAAAAAGUCUAUAAUGUUGUCAUUGCUUCUUGACCUUAUUUAACUUCCAAAUACCUUUUUAUUUCAUUAUAAUUAUUAUUUUGGGCUGGAUACGGUUUAAUUUUUACGUUUGAAUUUUUUUUCUAACUCUAACAAAUAUUAACUGAAGCUUAUGUAUGAAAAAGAUCUUAAUUAUAAAAUAAAGUUCACAUAACAUAUGCAAAACAAUUUUAAAACAAUAAUAAAAUGAUUUUUUAAUAUUUUUUAUUAAAUUAAAAAAUCAAAUAAAAUCCGUUGCAACGCAACGUGCCAAAUCUAGUUCUUUAUAUAGUAGAUAACCAAUGAGAAUUAAGGUAGAUUUGACUAUAUCGUGAGAUGAUUUUUUUCUCUUAAUUUAAAAGUUUUCUUUUCUGAACCUAGAGUAGGAGAAACUUUUGACUCAGAUGGAUAUUCGGAUGCCAGAGAUUGACUUUAUUCCCUAGAGUAUAUAUGCUAGUGGACUUAUAUACUUAGAUCACCGGAGAAGAAGGAGCCAAAUCAUUUUUCUCGAGAAAACUAGAAAAGCGUUGGAGAAUCGGGCACAAGGUGCAAUGGGGCGUGUAAUGGCGGAACCUCCACCACCGAAUCUCAUGUUGAAAGCGAGAGACGUUCUUGCGACUCCAAGCCACCAAGGUUUAGAGAGCGUCGUCACCCAUCUCUUCUUUAUGGCUCAAGAAACCACCGAAUAUCAAACGGCGAAUGCCCUCUUCAACUUCCUCACCCUUUACUUCGCCAACUGCUUAACCCUAAAGCUUCUACACUUGUACCGAUCCUCUUCCAUCGGCGUCCACAGAUCUCACUUGAUCUAUCUCCUCUUCGAAACCCUCCAAGACUACAAGAACCGCAGGUUCGAACUAUCUCUCGUCGCUCUCAACGAGAUCAAACCCCUUUUGGUUUCUUGCUUGAGGAUGCAAGAACCCGAGAUCAUAAACCUCAGGCGGAUCGUGUCUUUCAUCGCUCACGAUGUUAUGAUACUCGACAACGGCGGUUGGGACGAGCUCAGCGAAUGUAUCUACGAGAUAUCGUGUCACGACCCUCUAAAGGCUUUGCACGUCUUCGUGGACUUGCCUCCAGUGUACGAGAGGUUCGUACACAAUUGCGGAGGGAUGGUUGUGGAGAAAGCAGAGAAGGUGCUGCUUGUUCCUUACCAAGACCGAGUCGAUGAUUGGAGUUUAGGUUUGCAAGCUGUUGUGAAACUUGGGAUUCAAGUCUUGGAUUCUGAAAUGAAAGUCGAUAUGGUGAAGCGUCUUCUUGCUCUUCUUGUCAAGGCAGCGAGUGAUCUUGUGGCGAAGGGUAUGGAAGAGUUUCUGGUACGAGGGCUUGCGGAUCUCGAGAGGUUCUUGGAACGAGAGAAGAGGUUGUAUAAUUACAAUAAGGAUCAAUGCGAAUUUGUGUCUUGUUUCUUGUUCAAGAUCAAAGACUUGGGACCACUAACCUAUGAGGCUACGGAGAGGAUCCAUCGUAUGGUUAAGUCUACACCAUCACGAGUUCAUGGAGCAUGUUCUGAAGGUGAAUGGUUUGAUCGUUUGAACAACUUACCGCCUCUUGAGAUAUUAAGAAUCUUUGCGUCUACUGAUGUUGAAGAGAGGUUCAGAGAUAUGGCAAUCAGAGGGCUCAACGUGUUACUCUCUGAUUACGUUUCAAGGGAAGAAGAGUCAACGGACGCUUCACUGUUGAGAGAACUUCAGCUACUGCUCAUCUCUUGCCUUUGGGAAAAAGAAGGAAUCACUGAGAGCAUGUUCAGAGUCCUUGGUGAGGUUGUCUACCACGUUGCGUUUGAGAUGAUGACCUCCCAUGUUGAGUUAUGGGAUGAUCUCGGCUACUAUAUUACAUCACACAUCGAAACAGAUUUUCAGAGAGCGGUUUAUGUCUUCCAGUGCUUAACAAUGUGGCUUCAUGAGGAAUUUAUUGAUCCUAUAGUGGAGCAUCUGCUCCCAGAGAUAAACAAAAGGCUAAACCCACCGAGUGAUGUUUUGGUAGAUAGCAGUUGUUGCUGGGUCUUGGCAUUUUUGGGUGCCUUUUGUGCCAUCAGUCAAUUGGUAGCGAUGAAAGAUUAUGCUGAAACUGUGAUGGAGAUGGCAGAUAAGAUGGUAGAUUCAGUGAGAGAGCUUGUGGAAAGAAAAUUGGAAGUUGGGUUUGUGAGGAGAGCUUUCAGAGAUUUUGAAAUCAUUGUGAAGAAGCAAAUGGAAUGGUUUCGUAUGAACGAAUACAAGUUGACCAAGUCUCUGCUUCUUAGACUCUACGUAAUCAAAGGCAUGACAAUGGACAGCAAGAUGGUGUUGUGGAGAAUCAACGUGUUUGUGGAAAGAGGAAUGGCUGAUCAUCUGGCCGCUUAACGGUUGUAUAAUCUGAUGGUUAGUCUGAUAUUGUAUAUACGUUAGUGCCAAUCCUUCUUUCAUACAGUUAGAGAUUCUCUUGAGUGUUUCCUCUUUGGUUAUGUUCCCCUCAAUGUGUUUUGUCUCUGUUUGAUCAUGUCUCGAGAGGUACAGAUACACUGUACAAAUAUACCUAAUGUCUCGAGCUCAACAAUCAUUCUUUCAUUCAAUAAAAAACUUACCUCUUGAGGGCUUUUGUCUCUGUAUAACAAUC